UCAAUGAAGAACCGAAUCGAUCGAAAGUGAGCCAGGAUAAUUUUGGACGGUAUCGAUACUAUUUUGAGAUAGUCAAUUCGCGACCACCGUACAAGCAUCAGCAAUGGAACCGAUUCUGCCAACGGAAAUUCUGCAGGGAAUAUUAGCUUUUCUUCCAUUGAGUGAUUUGCUGAAUGCUUCGCUCGUUUGUACCACCUGGAAUAGUGCGGCGGAACUUUUGAUAGUGCGAAAAUGUCGUCUGAAGGUGGUAAACGAAAUGAGCGAUCAUCUGAGAUUGAUCCGGGAAAGAUGUCGAAAUUAUAGAACGGUUCGGAUUUGCUGCCGCGACGAAUGGUCCCCGAUGAGGUUGAUAGUAGGAGAACUGGCCAAAAAGAUACAACCCAACGAGUUAGUGCUACAGUUCAUCAUAGAAAAUCACCUGUUUCAGUUUUAUCAAACCUUUAGCGAGUGGUUCAAGCAUCUGGUAUCUAUUCAAAUAUGCGUUCACGACAAUUUCAGCGAAUAUUAUUCAAACACAAAUGAAUGCUUCGAAAUGUGCUUUCCGAUGGUCAGAUUUCUGCAAUGGGAUGAAAACAAAUAUUUCUCGAGAAAUAAAACGAUAUGUUUGAAUGUUCCUAACGUGGAAUCGAUUUACUUUCGAAACAGCUUCGACGAAACUUCUGAACUGAAAAUUUUUAAAUGCAACCAUGUGAAAAGGCUGAUCGGAUAUCUCAACACGAAAGAUCUAUCGCAGAUACUGAGCGUUGAAACGUUAUCAAAUUUAGAACAUAUCACACUCGAUUGUGGAUUCCGUCAAGUGGAUUUCGGUUUUCUAGGUCGAAUACCGAACUUGAAGUCGCUAGUUCUGGUUGUUGAAAAAAAGUGCUUACGAACCCUCGAUUCCAUUCAAAAUCUUGCUUCGCUAGAGAAACUUCACAUCAACUCGCAAUUCUACUCUCUCGGAGAUAACGGUGUGGCUGAUUUUACAAAGUUGGAGAAAACACUAGAAUCUUUAAAACAGAUCGAGCUCACCGGAUUCGACAUACUCAUACCAGAUACUAUCAACUGUCCACGUUUGAAAAAUUUAAAGCUGGACAACGUGGAAAUUAAAAACAAAACCAAUAAUUUGACAAUAUUUGCCCCGAAGCUCAAUGUGCUAUCGCUUUCAAUAAGCAUCCUAUCGCGGAUAGGCAUUUUGAAUAAUAACUUAUUGGGCACAUUGACCACGAACGUUGAAGACACCGAGCAGUGGAAAACUAGGAAGCAAGACCUUUACCAAUUUCUGAAGGCGCAUAACAGUAUUAGAGCAUUGUCCCUACAAACAACAUUAAUGAAAAGUAUAAUCCAAGAGUUUCGCCCUCUCGACGAAGCAUUGAUGCAAAUUGAAAAACUGCAACUUCGAGACAUGACCGUUGAGUUGGACACUUUCGAAGCAAUUUCCAAAUGGAAAUCUUUAAAGCAUCUUCUACUGGAAGACUGUACAAUCCAAGUGAGCGGCUCUGAGACGAUGAUAAUUUUACCGUUUGUCAAAAGAAUGGACAUAUCACAGUAUCGUUCCAAGGUUGCUCCACUCACCAAAGUACCGAUCCAGCUUGUGAACGAAAAAGUUCGAGAGAAGCUGUCUCCCUCGGCGGCUUUUCUGAUGACGACGCAUAUAUCAGAAUCAUGAAGCCAAACAAGUUUACCUGAUGUUAUUCGAAUGAAUUGUACUUUCUAUAAAGUUUACCUAAAAUUUAAAAACCACUAAAAUCAUUUGGUUUUAGCUCUGUGCGUGAAAAGUAUUGAAAACACCGUAGGAACAGAAAGACAUGGAAAAAGUAUUGUUUUUUAAAUGUAUAUGACUAUUGGAAUUAUUGGUACCUAAUUUAAAACUGAUUAGUAAAAUUGGCAUUUCCAGGGCUAGAAGCGACCAUGAGGCAAAAAGGAGGGCAUAAUAGUUACUUUUAAGUGAAAUUAGGGUAAAAAUAGUGACCUGAUCAAGUCGAAAAGUAACUUAAUAGUGAAUUCAAAAAUUCCUAUAGAACGAUUCUUAGACAAUUUUGCUUGAAAAUAAGAUUUUUAAAAGGCUCUUAACCGCUCUAAUAGAAAGGCAUAUGUUAGACGAAGAGGAGCAUUUUACCUAAAUAAAUUUUGAUGAUUUAGGAAUGAAGACUACAGUUCUGAAACACCAGUAGGAGAGAACUAAAAGAUCGUACCCGAAGGACUACGACAAAUGAGCCCGAUGGAAACUUCGAGUUCAUCUAUUUUCUUUGACAAAACAAACCUACAAAUUUUUCAAGUUCACCCUACACCCAAAUCAGAUUAUGUAUUUUCAAAGCCACUAAGACAGUUGAAGGAGACUCAAAUUAAAUUGAAAAUUCUACAAAUGUACUGAAAUUAAAACUAGCACAGGUUUGACAAAAGGUUUAAAGAAAAGACCCGAGGUUAAGUUUGGCUCACUUUUGAAAAAAAUGACAGAUAUUUAGAGAAAGUCAUGAAGUAACAAUAGGAAGAUCCUCAUAAAAAUGCAACUUAUUGAAACAAGAAUGCAAAUAAAUUAACACCAGUAU